UGUAUCCAACAUGGCGGCUGUCCGCUGAAGCUGCGUCUGUUGUCCGUCAGUAGCCAGGAAGGAACCGGGAGGACGACCCGGGACAGACCGGGACAGACCGGGAGGAUCCGGGAGGAACCGGGAGGACUGAGCCGGGGUUUCCGGUGUGUGAGGGCGGGACCCGGAGGAGCGAGCGGACACGACAGCAGCAGCGAGGCCGAGGGAGGAGAGAGUGUUCCGGGUUCGAUUGUUCACCUGUCCGCUGACAUGUCUCCAGGCUGAGGCCACGUCCCAUCGGUCGCCCCUCACUCCUUCACCCUCUCCUGAAGAUGGCAUCGCCCCCAGUGAAGCCCUCCACCACCUCCUCCUCCCCGGCCCUGGACUCCCUCUCCAUGUCCUCGUUCCUCUCCGGGGAGCUGGACGAUGAGGUGGACGGAGGGGACGGAGAGGACGAGGGUCUCGGGGACCUGGAGGUGAACCCGUACGACAGCCUGCCCUUCUCGUCCAGGUACUACUCGCUGCUGGAGCAGAGGCAGCAGCUCCCCGCCUGGAGGCUGAGGCCCAGUCUGCUGGAGCAGCUGGAGAGUCACAGCAUGGUGCUGCUCAGUGCUCCCAGUGGGAGUGGGAAGAGCACCCAGGUGCCUCAGUGGUGUGUGGAGUACGCGCUGUCAUACGAGUUCUGCCAGGGCCUGGUGUGCUGCUCGCAGCCAUACGCGCCGGCGGCCGUGAGCCUCGCCCUGCGUGUGGCCGAUGAGAUGGACCUCAGCCUGGGUCUGGAGGUGGGCUACAGGGUGUCACAUGACGACAGCUGCACACCCGACACCCUGCUCAGGUUUGUCAGCGACACGCUCCUGCUGGAGGAGAUGAUGUCCGACCCUCUGCUGCACCAGUACGGGGUGGUGGUGCUGGACGAGCUCCAGGAGAGGACCGUGUCCACCGACGUGCUGCUGGGCCUGCUGUGCGACGUCUGCCGCCAGAGGCCCGACAACUUCCGGGUGGUUCUCCUCACUCACCCCACGCUGGCUCCUCGCCUCUCUGGCUUCCUGGGAGACACCGUCCCUCACCUCUCUCUGGACAGUGUCCUCGCUGAGGCUGGGACCGGAGACCAGGAGAAGGAGGCCGGUGGCGGGGGGGAGGAGGCGGUGCAGAGCGUGGAGACGCUGUACAGAGAGCUGCCCUCUGGGAAGGAGCCGCUAGCCGCCGCCUGUCACAUGGUGUUAGAUCUUCACAGAAGAGGAGAGGCAGGAGAUGUGAUGGUGUUCCUGGCGAGUGCUCAGGAAAUUGAAGAGUGCGCCGCCCUGCUGGAGAAGGAGUGCGUUGCUCUGAGUCCUCAGCUCGGUUCUCUCAGGAUCGUCCCUCUUCACGCCGGACUGGCUGGACUGACACAGAGGGUCUACGAGUCCGACCCUGAAUCCUCUACGCUCAGAGGGAUCGGCGGCUCCGAGGGGGGGGAGGGCGGCUCGGCGCCCGGAGCAGGAGGUCCGGCCCUCAAGAGGAAGGUCAUCGUCACCGACACUUUGUCCGAGGCGUCCUUCUCUCUGCCGAGCGUUCGAUACGUCAUCGACACGGGGCUUCAACUCAAAACUGUUUACAACCCACAGAUAAGAGCAAACUCUCAGGUUCUGAGGACGAUCAGCAAACAGCAGGCGGACAUGAGAGCUCAGAGGGUCAACAGUCUCCUUCCAGGGCUGUGUCUCCGUCUGUACCCCCGGUCUGUGUACGAGGAUGGGAUGGCCGAGGCUCACUGCCCGGGGGUGGUGGAGGAGAACCUCAGCCACCUCGUGCUCCUGCUCAAGAGGCUGGACAUUGCCGACAUGGGACAGUGCAAGUUCCUGGACAGACCAGCCCCGGAGGCUCUCAUGCAGGCCCUGGAGGACCUGGACUACCUGGCAGCGCUGGACGAUGAUGGGAACCUGUCGGAGGUCGGCAUCAUAAUGUCGGAGCUGCCUCUGGAACCAUCGCUGGCUAAAGCUCUGAUCGCCGCCUGCGAGUACGACUGCGUUGACGAGCUGCUCACGAUAGCCGCCAUGCUCACCGCGCCAUCGUGUUUCAUGGCGGUGGAAUCCAGCCGAGAGGAAGCUGCCGUCACACACUGGAGGUCUCUGAUGCACCCGGAGGGAGAUCACAUGACGCUCAUCAACAUCUACAAAGCCUUCACUGAGCAUAAUCGGGACGAGUCGUGGUGCACGACAAACUUCCUCAGUCCCGCCUCCUUGCGGCUGGCGGCGGUGAUCAGGGCGGAGCUGCUGGAGGUGAUGCAGCGAAUCGAGCUUCCUGUUUCUCCUCCUGCUUUCGGGUGUCAGGACAACUGCACGAAUAUCAAGCGUGCGCUCAUCUCAGGAUUCUUCCUCAAGCUGGCUCACGACGUGGACGGAUCAGGAAACUACCUGCUGCUCUCUCACCGCCACGUCGCUCACCUGCAUCCCUUCUCCUCCUACCGCUGCCGCCAGCCCUGCCCUGACCCCCCCGACUGGGUCCUCUACCACCAGUUCACCAUCUCACGAGACAACUGCAUCCGCAUCGCUUCCGAGGUCCAUCCCCAGAUGCUGGUGGAGCUGACGCCUCAGUACUACCUGGGAAACCUGCCGUCCAGUGACGGUAAGGAGCAGCUGACGGAGCUGAGGCAGAACCUGCAGGGCUGCGAGCGGGACGGAGGCCCGGCCCAGCCCGGCAGGACUCACAGGGACGCUGCCGGGCCGGGAGACAACGAGUCCGGCACCGACCUCUGCGUCGUCCAAUGAGACGGAGCCGCCGCUCAGGAGAACACGUCACAGCCGUCACUUUAUCGUCCCGCCUGAGAUUUUACUGAAAACUCUAAUGUACAGAAGUGUGUUGAUAUAUCGUGUUCACAGAGACCAACUGGUGUCGUGCUGUUUGUCUUCAUUGUACAUUUGAAUGUUAUUUUAAAUAUUUUUUAAUUUAAUGAGGGAUUUGUUAAUGAUUCAAUCAUUGUUCUCACUGUUUGUUAUGUCGACACUAAAGUCACAGAGAAAUAUGUUUGAAUCAGAAACUGGAAAAAUGAAGGGAGGCGUAAUAAUUUAUCAAACUCUGACGAAUCCUUUUGUAUUUAAAGUAUUUCACUGAAACUCCUUCGUAUGCGACCUUUGACCUUUACAGAUCAGAUGGUUCCUCACUGUGAUGAAACUGCAGCCGUGAUGUCACAGCUUCUAUUUUCAGCUUUUUGAUAAACUUUUUAAAAGUUUGAUUUUCCGACUUAGUCGACAGUGAGAAAUCUUUGUAAAGUGGAUUUUUUAACAGGACGCAGAAUGAGCUUUAAAUAAAAGAGAUUUUUUUUCAUG